CCGGCGGGGCGGGGCAGGAGCGGCUCGGCGCGGCCCGGCCCGGCUCGGCGCGGCCCGGCCCGGCGCUCCCGCCGCAGCAUGCGGCCGGUGGGGCUCUGCGCCGCCGCGCUGGGCUCGCUGGGGCUGCUGCGGCUGCUGGGCGCGCCCUGGCCAUGGAGCCUGGCGGCCGCGCUAGGGCUCUGCCUGGGCUCCGGCGGCUGGCGGCUGCUGCGGCUGCUGUGCCGGACGGCGCCGCGGGACAUCUUCGGCCUCUCCGUGCUGUUACGCGUCAAGUACAAGCUGCGACGGCAUCAAAAAGCCAAAAGCACCGUCCCCAAGAUGUUCCAGGCCGUCGUCCGCCGCCACCCUGACAAAGUGGCCCUGAUUUACGAAGCCACCGGUGAGCAGUGGACCUUCCGGAGGCUGGACGAGUAUUCCAACGCCGUGGCCAACUACUUCCACCAGCAGGGCUACCAGCCGGGAGACGUCAUUGCCAUCUUCAUGGAGAGCCGCCCCGAGUUCGUCGGGCUUUGGCUGGGGAUGGCAAAAAUCGGCGUCGAGGCGGCUCUCAUCAACUUCAACCUGCGCGCCGAUUCUCUGCUUUAUUGCGUGACGACGUCGGGCGCCAAGGCCAUGAUCUUCGGGGGGGAGCUGACUCCAGCAAUAGCCGAGGUGAAUGGGAUGCUGGGCAAGAACAUGGCAAAAUUCUGCUCCGGUGACUACAACCCGGGCGUCGUUCCCGCAGAGACCAGACACCUCGAUCCGCUGCUGAGCAGCGCGUCGAAAUCGCCCCCGACACAGAUUCUGGACAAAGGUUUAGAUGAUCGGCUCUUCUACAUCUACACAUCGGGAACCACCGGGAUGCCCAAAGCCGCCAUAGUGGUGCACAGCAGGUAUUACCGUAUCGCUGCCUUCGGUUACUACGCCUACAGGAUGUGCCCCGAGGACGUUCUCUACAACUGCCUCCCCCUCUACCACUCGGCGGGUAACAUCAUGGGAGUGGGGCAGUGUUUGAUCCAUGGCCUGACGGUGGUGAUCAGGAAGAAGUUCUCGGCCAGCCGCUUCUGGGAUGACUGCGCCAAAUACAGAUGCACGAUUAUUCAGUAUAUCGAAAUCUGCAGGUACCUCCUGAACCAGCCGGUCCGAGAGUCAGAAACCCAGCACUGUGUGCGGCUGGCGGUGGGCAACGGCCUGAGACCCACCAUCUGGGAGGAGUUCACAAAGCGCUUCCGAAUUAAGCAGAUCGGGGAAUUCUACGGUGCCACCGAGUGUAACUGCAGCAUCGCCAACCUGGAUGGAAAGGUCGGUGCCUGUGGCUUCAACAGUCGGAUUUUGCCCAACGUUUAUCCCAUCCGUUUGGUGAAGGUGAAUGAGGACACAAUGGAGCUGAUCCGGGAUGCCAAUGGGCUCUGCAUCCCCUGUCGCCCCGGAGAGCCGGGAUUACUGGUCGGUCAGAUCAAUCAGCAGGAUCCCCUGCGCCGCUUCGAUGGCUACGUCAGCGAGAGCGCCACCAACAAGAAGAUCGCUUACAACGUCCUGCGGAAAGGGGACCAGGCGUACCUGUCUGGAGACGUGCUGGUGAUGGAUGAGCUGGGCUACAUGUACUUCAGAGACCGCAGCGGGGACACCUUCCGCUGGCGAGGGGAGAACGUCUCCACCACAGAGGUGGAAGGAACGUUGAGUCACAUCCUGAACCAGACGGACGUGGCGGUGUACGGGGUGGAAGUGCCAGGGGUGGAGGGCAAAGCCGGGAUGGCGGCGAUCGCAGAUCCCAAGGCUAAAGUGAACCCCAACAUGCUGUACCAGGAGCUGCAGAAGGUGUUGCCUUCCUACGCCCGGCCCGUCUUUCUCCGGCUCCUGCCCCAGGUUGACACCACAGGUACCUUUAAGAUCCAGAAAACGCGCCUGCAGCGGGAAGGCUUCGACCCGCAGCAGACCUCCGACGCCCUCUAUUUCUUGGAUCUGAAGCUGGGGAGAUACGUCCCGUUGGACGAGCACCUUCACCAGCGGAUUUCCUCUGGGAAAGCGGCUUUGUGACCUGGCCUGGCUGCGGGGCCCACGCUGGCGACCCCGAGGACCCCCCUCCCGAGCACAUUGAUGCCCCUUAACCCGCCCUUACACCUCUAGAGAGUAUUUUUUGUAACUGCCACCGGCUCGGGACAGGGGGCACCAGGGCCAUAUUUAUUUACCGGGCUACCGGUGCCCCGUGAGGGCUUCUCCCCACUCCCUCUCCAGCCUUAACCCCCCCCUUAGAUGAGUUUUUUGUAACCGUAGGUCGCGUUCUAUCCAGCCGCGACCGUGCUCUUAGGGCUGUGAGGACAUUAAAACACCAAGUGACUGC